GAAUUCGGAUGGGUGCCGAUGAGCGGGCAGAGGUGGCGUGCGGUCUGCGGCUGUGCGUCUAACUGCGCCGCGGCGUCGAGGUUCGGCUGUUUUGGCCGCUAAAGUUGUGUUUCGGCCUCGGCGGCGGACGGAGCCGCGAGGAGAGCCCAAACUUUGACCACUUCCCCGGCUUCGCCCGCUCGCCGCCGCGGGCUGCCCCUCGUUCCCUCGGUGAGCGACUCCGCGACUCCUCCGCUGCGCGUUCUCCCGCAUUCCUCAACUUUCUCCCAAACUACUCGGCGCUCGUGAACGGGCGCAGUUUUGCGUGUAAACGUGUGAAGUUACGGCACAGCCGCGCGCAUUGGGCCGGCGGCGCCGUCCUGUCGGCGGCUCCGGGCGGCCCGCUCGCCACGCCGGAUCCCUCCGUGUGUCCCGGGAUGACCUGUUGAUGUCCUAAAGAUGGAGUGCCCGGAUCGCGCCUCUCCCCGUGGGAGGAAUUCAAGGAUAAAUGUGACGUGAACGCACGCGUUUCGCCCGGGUUUUGGGCCAAGUGAGCGCAGCCCCGGCGGCCGUCCCGAGUCCGCCUUUCGGCGGAGCUUUUAUUUAUUCGAUGUGAUGUAUUUGGACGUAGCGACGCGUGUCUGUCCCGCAUCGGUAGCGACCAUUCGGCCCCAAAAGGAGGAGGGGACGUCGGUGUGAACGGACAUCUCACCGCGCUGCCACGCAGAGGAGACCGCUGAAUGUUUCAUCACCUGCACUAUUUUUGUGCCCCGGGAUCGUCACGAUAAGCGCCCGUGCGCCGGAGGAACGGGCUCGACGCGUACAAUAAAAGAGGAGCUUCUCUCUCUUCCGCCGCCGCCUCCCUCCCCGCUCCCCCUCCGCUCACGCACGCACGCACGCACCGGCCCGGGCCAGCCGAGGACUCCCCCACUCCUAGCGGGCAUCGAGGCUGGCACUCGGCGGGCACCGACAGCGUCUCCCCGGCGGCGGUCUCGGUCCGGUCCGGUCCGGUUCCUCCCGGCGCGUCCAGCGGCGCGGCGGCGGCGGCCCUGUUGGAUCAUCCGCUGACAUUAACGGAUGUCCUCAUCUAAGUGCAUUCGCGAUACAUUUGCGUGAAGUUUGAGCGGUGUUCGGCUCCGGGGAGGACCCUCCAUCGUCACAUUGUGGUUUCACGUCCAGCCGCGAGUGUCGAUAAAUACUAAACGUUUUUUAAAAGUAAAAGCCGUUGGCGUCUGGGACAUAAUCCACGUGCUUCAAAGGCGAGUUUUCCAGUGUUUUACUAAUUACCCUGUGGUGCUGGGCAGAGCGUUAUGGCUCAGACGCUGCAGAUGGCGAUCCCUAACUUUGGCAACAAUGUCCUGGAGUGUCUGAACGAGCAGCGGCUGCAGGGCCUCUACUGUGAUGUCUCUGUGGUCGUCAAGGGACAUGCCUUCAAGGCCCACCGUGCCGUGCUGGCAGCCAGCAGUUCGUACUUCCGGGACCUGUUCAACGCCGGGGGGAAGAGCUCGGUGGUGGAGCUGCCCCCGGCUGUGCAGCCGCAGAGCUUCCAGCAGAUCCUGGCCUUCUGCUACACAGGACGCCUCAGCAUGAACGUUGGAGACCAAUUCCUGCUCAUGUACACCGCCGGCUUCCUUCAGAUCCAGCAGAUUAUGGAGAAAGGCACAGAAUUCUUCCUUAAGGUCUCCUCCCCGAGCUGCGACUCCCAGGGUCUCCACACCGAGGAGACCCCGCCCUCCGAGCCUCAGAGCCCCGUCACUCAGACAGUCGGAGGGGGCGGAGCCGGCGUUGUUGCCACGGCGGCAGCAAGGCCCAACUCCUGUCUGACGCCCCUUCCCCUGGUGUCCAAGGUGAAGACGGAACAGACGGCCACCACGCCACAGCCCACCCCUCAGCCUCUACAGGAGGGCUCUCCCUACUCUGUGGUCUGCACCCCUGUGGCCAAACGUCUGUGGGAGGGGGGCAACCGCGACGGGGGCGGGGGGUGUGGUGGAGGUGGAGGAGGUGGGAUGAGGAAGGCUGCACGCUACUCUUCCUCCUCUUCUUCCUCCUCGUGCUCCAACAACACUACCCAGGAGGCCUCUGUGCGCGGCCCCCCGGCCAACGCUACGAUGGGAGGCGGCGCCUCUGGAGUGGGAGGAGCCUCACUCAACAGCAACCACAACAACAAUAACAACAACAAUGGUGGCACCUCGGAGGGCACGAGCCCUGGCACGCUGAGCAUGUACACCAGCGACUCGCCCAUCAGUUACCACGACGACGAGGAAGAGGACGAUAUAGCGGACGAGAGCGCUGAGGAGCAGUACAGGCAGAUCUGCAAUAUGUACACCAUGUACAGCAUGCUGAACGCCGGAGCAGCAGUGGUUGGGGAGCGGGUGGAGGCGCUUCCAGACUUGGCCCCAGACUCGGGUGGGGGGCGGGGGGGCAGAGCUGGCCGGUCCCGGCAGGACCUGGCCUCGUUGCCCGCUGAGCUCAUCAGCCAGAUCGGAAACCGCUGCCAUCCGAAGCUGUACGAGGAGGGCGACCCGGCCGAGAAGCUGGAGCUGGUGAGCGGCACCUCCGUCUUCAUAUCCCGCGCUCAGCUCAUGAACUGCCACGUCAGCGCCGGCACUCGCCACAAAGUGCUGCUGAGACGCCUGCUGGCUGCCUUCUUUGACAGGAGCACUCUGGCUAACAGCUGUGGAACCGGCAUCCGCUCUUCAACCAACGAUCCCAGCCGUAAACCCCUGGACAACAGAGUGCUGCAUGCGGUCAAAUUCUACUGCCAGAACUUUGCACCGAGCUUCAAGGAGAGCGAGAUGAACGCCAUCGCGGCCGACAUGUGCACCAACGCCCGCCGCGUCGUGCGUAAGAGCUGGAUCCCCAAGCUGAAGCUGCUGAUGGCCGACAGCGACGCCUACUCCGCCUUCCUGGCCGACAGCGUGAAGAUGGAGGCGGACGCGCUGGGGGCGGAGCAAGGCUUCGACCCCGCCUCCCUGGAAGCCGUGGCAGCGGCCGCCAACAGUAACGAGACGGGAGGAGCCACGCCGGCAGACGUGCUCCACGGCGCAGGAGGAGACGGCAGCACUUUGUUUUAAGUGAGUGGACGGACGGACGGACGGACGGAUCGGUGGAGGAAAGAUGGCUCCUCCCCCAGCUCCUCCCCCGGCUGCCAUGUGCUGGGUUCCUUCUCUCACUUCUGUCAUCCAUUGGUUUUGCUUUCAUCCCUGGUUCGUCCACUUUUCCCUCUUUACCCAGAAUGCCCCAUUCAGGUUGUUCCUCCUUCUUACUCAUAUGGAGAGAGGUAGCAGAGGGAGGAGGUUGACCAGUUCCCCCCCGACCUCUUUCUUUCUCUGCCACCUUUCCACACCUGACUGUCUGCCUUUGCUUGUAAUGGUUUAAGUGUGGCUGUUUUCCUCAUCGUAAUCAGACAUUCCCUGGGGGGGGGGGUUAAUCAUGUAACGUUUCAUCCCCAAACUCCGGAAACACUGUUGUUUUUAUAUGAAUGUAAGGCAAAGCAUGGGUUAUUGUCAAUGGAGUGAGAUUGUACUGAGCUGGUUUUGGUUCGUCAUUAGUCUGUGUUGCUUUAUUUUACCUGGACAACCAGAUGACGGCUUCUCUGAGAGGCUUUGGAUGAUGAGGUCAUUGGUAUGUCUAUUGGCGAGGUUUAUGAUGGACCCCACCAGCCCUGUUUUUUUGACCCCGUUGGACUCCAUCGAUCGUUGCUGGUGGUGGUGACAAACGGGGAGGAGUCAUUUGCCUUUGGACCCUUAAAGUAGAAAAAAACACCCCGUUUCAUUGUGUUUACGUUUUCUUUCUUUAAAUGUAUUUGUUUUAUUAAGGCUCCUGAGGGAGAGGGAACUUGUUACUGAUCAUUGUCAAAGAGUUUGCGUGAGAUAAAUGCACUGUGUAUUUCCUGCGGCACGAGUACAAUCGAACUAGGUUUUUUGUACGUAUCAGAGAGACGGGUGGUUUUAUUUUUAAAAAAUUCUAAAAAAAAUGGAAGAAAAAAUAGUAGCUGAAAUCCAAUUUCUACCUUUGUUUAUCACUAAUUGUUUUUAAGAA